AAUAGACCUAUAACCACCUUUUUAUUUAGUAUAUGGUCAAGUGCAGAAAAUAUCUCUAGCAUCUUGUUUUGUCUAUAUAAAUCAAUUGUAUUGAGCUGUUGUUGACAUCUCAUCUUGUCUUGGGUUCUUCUCCUCAAAAACAAAAAAUCUCCUUGUCUCUUGGUUUCUUCCCCUCAGCCAUUUGUGUUUGUUUACUAACUUGUGUAGAGAAGAUGGGUAAUCUGUUCUGUUGUGUACAAGUUGAUCAGUCUACAGUAGCUAUCAGGGAGAGAUUUGGAAAAUUUGAUGAUGUUCUUGAACCUGGAUGUCAUUGCCUACCUUGGUUUCUUGGGAGUCAGCUAGCGGGCCACCUUUCACUGAGGUUGCAACAGUUGGAUGUACGCUGUGAGACCAAGACUAAGGACAAUGUAUUUGUCAAUGUUGUUGCAUCUAUUCAAUACCGUGCGCUGGCUGAUAAGGCAAAUGAUGCUUUCUACAAACUGAGCAACACGAGGACUCAAAUUCAGGCUUAUGUUUUUGAUGUUAUCAGAGCAAGUGUUCCAAAGCUAAAUCUGGAUGAUGUGUUUGAGCAAAAAAAUGAGAUUGCUAAGGCUGUGGAAGAUGAACUUGAAAAGGCUAUGUCUGCUUAUGGGUAUGAGAUUGUUCAAACACUCAUUGUUGAUAUUGAACCAGAUGAGCAUGUGAAGCGGGCGAUGAAUGAAAUUAAUGCUGCUGCAAGACUGAGGGUGGCAGCUAAUGAGAAGGCAGAGGCAGAGAAAAUUUUACAAAUAAAGCGAGCUGAAGGUGAGGCCGAGUCUAAGUACCUUUCAGGGCUGGGUAUUGCUCGCCAGCGACAAGCAAUUGUUGAUGGCCUGAGAGACAGUGUGCUUGGUUUCUCUGUCAAUGUUCCGGGGACUACUGCAAAGGACGUGAUGGACAUGGUCCUCGUCACUCAAUACUUCGACACCAUGAAAGAAAUUGGUGCUGCUUCCAAAUCCUCAGCUGUGUUCAUACCUCAUGGACCUGGUGCUGUUCGCGACGUAGCUACUCAGAUUCGAGAUGGACUUCUACAAGCUUCCUCGCAUCAAUGAGUUUGUUACUUCUUUUAUGGUCUUGUUAUGAAGUGUGGGACUAGAUGCUUAUCCGUCUGAUUUGUGUAUUUAUGUAUUGGAUAAUUGUUUUCUGUAAUUGAGCCCUAUUGCUUUAUAUGUAUAUUAAUUAUGAAACGAGAGUCCUGAUGCUGUUAAUACGUGUUUAAAAACUCUUGGAAUGAAUGAAGAACUCCAGUUUUCAUUAUCUUA